AUGGAGGCCAAGAGUGUUGAGAGGAAGAGGACAUUGGUUGAGAAGGUAAGAAAGAGUAAUAUCACAGUUGAAGAAGAAGUGGAGAAUGAAGUGGAAGAGGAGGAUGAAAGUGGUGGUGGUGGUGAUGUUAAUUUCAUAGAAGAAGAGAAGAAAAAGGGGGUUAGUGGGAGUGGGAGAAGAGGGGCUAGUGGUAGUGGUGGUGGUGGUGGAGUUUCUCCACCUUCAUGUCAAGCUGAAAGGUGUGGUGCUGAUUUGACUGAUGCAAAGAGAUACCAUCGCCGCCAUAAGGUGUGUGAGUUUCAUUCCAAGGCACCUGUUGUGGUGGUUGCAGGGUUGAGGCAAAGGUUUUGCCAGCAAUGUAGCAGGUUCCAUGACCUGGCAGAGUUUGAUGAAGCAAAGAGAAGCUGCCGUCGGCGCCUGGCCGGACACAAUGAACGGCGGCGGAAGAGCAACCCGGAAGCUACUAAUGAGGGCUGCAACAAAGGCCAUCAUCAACCAAAGGAAACAACACAGUGUAGGCUUGCUGAUGAGAGGGGGAGAAUUCAGAUGAACCUACCAGGGAGUUCUGGCUAUAAGUCUUUCAAUAUCAGAUGAAAAAGCCAAAAAUGUUCACCUUGUUAGCUCCCUCUCUUCUGUCACUUUCUGGUUUCUUACAUGCCAAGGCAUAUAAUAAAGACCACUUUGUAUGUUCACAUAAACACAAAUCAAAGUCACAAAAAUUUCCAACAUCCAAAGUUGGUGUCUUAUGCAAUGUAAG